UGCCACAUCGUUGUCAGCUUGCCUCUCCUUCUACUUAAAGCUAUCUAUCUCCAUCGUCUCUAGACUUUAAAAAAAGUCACAAUCCCCCGAUUCAACAUAUUUCAACAACGAAACGAUGCAGAGACCAAGACGCCGCUGCGAAGGCACUGCCAUGGGUUCUAUUGUUCUCGAUCUCCGCCCUGGUGUUGGAAUCGGUCCUUUUACUCUAGGAAUGCCUAUUUGUGAAGCUUUCGCGCAGAUAGAGCAGCAGCCUAAUAUUUAUGACGUUGUCCAUGUUAAGUAUUACGACGAGGAGCCCUUAAAACUUGACAUUGUCAUUAGCUUCCCAGAUCAUGGAUUUCAUUUGCGGUUUGAUUCCUGGUCACAGAGACUGCGCCUUAUUGAAAUAUUUGAUGUAAAACGGCUUCAGAUGCGCUAUGCCACCUCUGUUAUAGGCGGGCCGUCCACUUUAGCCACUUUUGUAGCCGUCUAUUCUCUUUUUGGGCCGACCUAUCCAGGAACAUAUGACAAGGACAGAGGAGUUUACACUUUAUUUUAUCCAGGAUUGUCGUUUGCUUUUCCAAUUCCCUCCCAGUAUACAGAUUGCUGUCGUGAUGGUGAAGCGGAACUACCUCUUGAGUUUCCAGAUGGCACAACCCCAGUUACUUGCCGUGUAUCAAUAUUUGAUAGUUCUGCUGGAAGUAAAGUUGGUGUUGGAUCCAUGAUGGACAAGGCCUGUACUCCUCCUCUGCCUGCUGGGAGCCUCUACAUGGAAGAAGUGCAUGUUAAGCUGGGGGAAGAAUUACGGUUUGGUAUUGGUGGACAACACAUCCCCUUUGGUGCAUCACCACAGGAUGUUUGGACCGAAUUAGGUCGACCAUGUGGAAUCCAUCAGAAACAGGUUGAUCAAAUGGUGAUUCAUUCUGCUUCAGAUCCCCGGCCGAGGACAACUCUUUGUGGUGAUUACUUCUACAACUACUUUACUCGUGGCUUAGAUAUACUAUUUGAUGGGCAGACACAUAAAAUCAAGAAAUUUGUCUUGCACACCAACUAUCCUGGGCAUGCUGAUUUUAAUUCAUACAUGAAGUGCAAUUUUGUUAUCCAUUGUUCUGAUUUUGUAGGGUCUUAUCAUCAGGAUGUGAACUCCUCUAAAGCUACUAUUACAGCCAGCACAAAAUGGGAACAAGUUAAGGAGAUACUAGGGGAUUGUGGUCGAGCUGCUAUCCAGACGCAAGGCUCUGCGAGUAAUCCGUUUGGAUCCACCUUUGUAUAUGGCUACCAAAAUCUUGCCUUUGAGGUGAUGAAGAAUGGUUACCUUGCGACUGUAACUCUCUUCCAGUCCUGAUCAUCUAUGUGUUUGUUUCUGUCAGGCUGCCUGUUGGUAUUUUGUACAGUUCAAUUACUUGAAGAAAGCAAUUCUUUUAACUGACCGUCAUGGUGGAAUUGUAUCUAAUGUAUAUUUGUUUAUACUUGUACAGUUUAUUUUAUAAUUGUCGUCUCUUGUAAACUUAUAUACAUAGCUCCCAACUUCUUGCAAUACAAGACUCGUUACUUCA